UACAGGGAUUAACAAUCGCUGUGGUGGCUGGUUUGACCGCACGAGGAGGGUAGACACCCCUCACCGAAUUCUCCUGAAUUUUUCAUGGACGUGCUCAAACCUCCACUUGGGGUGUCCACCAUCAAUUCGCUGGGCUGAAAAAUCUUUCGUUGAAUCAUCGUGUCCGAUUAAAGUCAUCUCGAUGUACGUUGAUGUUGCUCGGCAUAGUUUAGCUUAGCCUAGCUUGCUUGCCGCUAACAUAGAGGCGCUUGUGAUCAACACAACGCUCAACAGAGAUCGUAAGCGUCAAGUGUUGUUGUAAUUUUCGUGUGAACAUGUGGGCAAGAAGGACAGCAGAGUACGAGGAGGAACUUUGUGAAGAAAAAGAGGACCACAAGGGACAACGUCAACUGCUGGACGCCAUUGGCAGGAUACGGCCAAGAAUUGUUCUUCACAGAGCAGACAUCAGCAAAGAUGUUUGUCCCGAGCAACUGGAUGCAGAGCCCCCUCAUAUUAAAGAGGAAGAGGAGAACAAUGAGGUCUCCCACUUUAAAGAAGAAGACAAGCAGGCCCUUUACAUUAAAAAAGAGGAGGAGCUAGAGCACCCUUGCAUGAAAAAUGGUGACAUCACAUCAUCAAACGUUGAUGAUGAUGAGGAGGAGGAUGAAGAGUUUGAUGGUGAUCUGACAUGUCGCACUGACAACAAACCCUGGAAAUGUUCUCAAUGUAGCAAAACGUUUGCUUAUCAGAGUCAAUUGAAAAUACACAUGAGAACUCACACUGGUGAGAAACCGUUCACCUGUUUAGUCUGUGGCCGGAAAUUCUCUGUUAAGGGAAGCUUAAUUCACCACAUAAGAACACACACUGGUGCGAAACCUUUUGCCUGUUCAGAUUGUGGCCAAAGAUUCUCUUGGAAGGCAGACUUAAAAGUACACUCAAGAAUCCACACUGGUGAGAAACCUUUUGCCUGUUCAUAUUGUGGCCAAAGAUUCACUCGGAAUGGAACCUUAAAAAGUCACAUAAGAACCCACACUGGUGAGAAACCUUUUGCCUGUUCAGAUUGUGGCCAAAGAUUCUCUCAGAAGGCACUCUGUUGUGGCCAAAGAUUCUCGUGGAUGUCUCAGAUGAAGAAUCACAAGUGCAUUGAUGAGAUGAACAGUUAUCGAUGA